AUGGUCCAGAGGAACUCUCAGCUGAUGGAGAUCACCAUAAAUGGUUCUUCAGAGGAGCUGAUACCAGACCAACAUGUAUCUGAUCUGGUGAUCUCCGAGAACCAACAACUAAAGCUGCAGUUGUGCAAAAAAGCGAAGUCUGAAAGUGUAAGCGAGGCCCCAACCCCUGGUGUUAAUGGUUACCAUGACAACGGACAUGUCAGUCAGAACCACCAGAUACAGCCGAUACAGGUGGUCAGCCUGCCAGGUAAAGAGGAAAAGAUCCGGGAGCUCAACCAACAGGUGGACUCUCUACAAAACGUUAUCCUACAGGUGCAGGAGAUCCACCACGGCCUAGGAGCAUUCUGUUCGGAGCUGAAGAGCAUGGGUGUAGAGGUGGACACGUCAGGGCUGAGCUUCCCUGAGCUGGAGCAGCGCCUGGGGCUGGCUAUGAGACUGCUCAGGGACAAGAGACACAGUCUACAGAGCCUCAGAGAGACCAUGAGAGAUGCUGGCACUCACAGGAACAAGCCAUCAGAGGUUUGUCUUCUGGAUAAGAUGAAGUUGAACUGUCAGGUGUUUAAAGAAGAGAUCUCCCUGGUUUACAUCAACAGACAGGUGUCACGUCUACAGACAGCACUACAAGAGUCUAGAAAAGGCUUGUGGAGGUGAAUGGGGUACCGGUGAACGAUGAUGGGGUACAGCUGAGCCCCCUACUCCGCCAGGGACCAAGUGCUCAGAUAAUCAUCCUGAGGAGACCUCCUCCUCCUCCCAGACCCCCCCCCCCCCCUUUGAAGCAACAUCCUCCAUUAGGAUACACCUAGUACCACCAGGCAAUCCCAUCAAGCAUGACAUUGACACCCAAUAGACCACCAGGCUGAUCCCAUCUAUCUUUAAGCAUGACAGUGUAGUCAAGAACAACACGGCCCCCCGGCUCCAUGAGGUCUAAGUCCAUCAACCCCGUCAACCAGCAAGCUGAGACCCACAACCUGGUAAACCCUGAGCGCCUCUCUACUCUAACACCACAAUGAGCAUCAGGAACCUGGGGUCUCCACUGAGCCUCUCUCUACUCUACC